AUGGUGAACGAAGAGCUCUACAAAGGUGCCUCUCUCCCCAUACCAACCUACGAUGAAGCCAUAUCCCGCCCAUCGUCCUCUCAAUCAUUAGGUCCGGAACACAGUAGCCAAGAUGCCGAAAGGCAAGGGCUGCUGGGCAGGAGGCCGGAUCGUUACAGACCACCGGCAGUGGAAUCUACACGGUCGAGCUUGGAUCUUGAUGGUGUCCUCCUCUCGUCAGGUGCCAACUGCAGAUCGGGAUCCACGGAAGAGCUUCGAAGAGAAAUUGAACAGAUGGAAAUAUUAGAGCCUGGAGGGGAAGGCGGCAGCUCGAUGGCUGGACACCGAUUCUCAAAACACAUGACCUUAUUGUCGAAUACACUAUCUUCUCUACAUCUCCCUCACAUUCCACGGUGGAUGCCAUCUUGGGAUCACAUACGAAGGCAACUGCCUCAUGUCAAGCCGAAUUGGGUGAUUCUCGGUCGUUUCUUCGCUUUACUCCUCGUAUUGUUCUCGGCAUAUCUUCUUGUUUUAUCUAGCGUGUUCAGAUCUGGACGCAAUGCACGCGGAGCACAGUUGCGGCCUGAGAUAUUGCAGAACUAUGCGCAAGAUCAUGUCAGCACAGCGAAGAUCCGCGAGCAUCUACAAUACUUGAGUGGGUUCUCGCACGUUGCGGGCACGGAAGGAGGACAGGCUCAGACUCAGUAUGUGGAAAGUAUGUUUGCAGAAAGUCUGGAAGAAGUUGGUACAGAAGCCUUUGAUGUCUAUCUUAGCUAUCCCAAAGAAGAGACUGGUGCUCGCCGCAUUGCCCAUGUUGAAGGAGAGAAUGUGAUAUGGGAAGCAAAGAUUGAAGAGGCAUCGAUCUAUGAUCCUCCGAGCAAGGCAAAUGCUCCUCCCUUCCACGGGUACUCUAAAUCAGGGACAGUGCAGGCUCCAUUGAUUUACGCCAAUCACGGAUCACAGCAGGAUUUCAAGGACUUAGCAAGUAGUGGGAUAAACGUCACAGGAACGAUUCUGUUGUUCAGAUACGGUAACGAUCAAGCGUUAGAUUCCCAGCUACAGGCUGCAGGCCUUGCCGGAGCUGUCGGUUGCAUUACCUACAGCGAUCCUAGUGAGAAUGGGUAUCUAAAAGGCGACGUCUAUCCCCAGGGUUCGUGGAUGCCCGAUGACUACAUACGCAGUGGUACUGUCGCCCAUACCGGUCAGCUUCUUGGGGAUCCACUAUCUCCCGGAUACCCAUCUCUUGCUACUGAAGUUCGGAGAGAUUCGGUGGGUGACAGCCCCGCAUUGAGCAAGAUACCCUCUCUGCCAUUGUCCUGGCGAGACGCAAAGUUGCUGCUUAAGAGGUUGAAAGGGCACGGCAGCAUGGUCCACGACGGGUGGAAGAUAGACGGUGUUGACGACGUUGAGUGGUGGUCUGGAGACUCCUCCUCGCCCGUGAUUCUCCUCAAAAAUGAUCUAGAUGAAAUAGAACGAAGGCCUAUCUUUAACGUACUAGGAAGGAUCACGGGUAUUGAACAGCCUGACAAAGUUAUCACAAUUGGAAAUCACAGAGACGCUUGGUGCUUUGGAGCUGGACAACCCAAUGGUGGUACGGCUGUCAUGUUGGACGUCAUCAGGAUAUUUGGCGAGCUGAGAGCUAGCGGAUGGAGGCCUCUAAGGACCAUUGAAUUUGCGUCGUGGGAUGCUGGAGCAUACAACCUCGUUGGCUCAACUGAGCAUGUUGAAGCAAGACUUGAUGAAGUGCGCCAGAACAGCGUGGCCUACAUCAAUCUGGGCAAAGUAGCUGUAGGUCCUAAUUUUGGAGCUGCCUCAUCUCCCCUCCUCCAAACGGCCUUGCUUCAUGCUCUCGAGCGGGUCGUUGAUCCAGCCGAAAAUAAGACUCUUCGAGCGCUGUUUGCAGAGAAGCAAUCUCAAAUUACCGGCUUGGACGCUGGGGGCGAUUAUGCUCCUUUCCAGAUGAUUGGCGGCUGCUCCUCCCUUGAAAUGGGCUUUGAUGGCUCUUCAUAUCCUUAUAAUAGCUGCUAUGAUACUGAUUCAUAUCUGGACCAAUUUGGCGAUUCUGGACUUCAAUAUCAUAGGCGAUUGGCUGAAAUAGCGGCGCUGUUGAUUCUUGAUCUCUCUGAUUCGGAAAUUCUUCCUUUCGACUUUGAGACCUACGCAGAGUCUAUAAGCUACUUUGUGGAUGAGCUAGAGAAGUACGCAAAUCCGAAGCACUACCUCGACUUCUCUUCGCUGCACAGUGCAGCCAAGGACAUGGCUAUGAACGCCAAAGAAUUUCACGAAUGGUCUCAAGCUUGGUCGAAUCUGAUUUAUGGCUCAGACAACGGCUUUGAAUCCAACGAGAUGGCCAUUAAGCGUAUGAGUCACAAUACGAGGAUGGCGAAUUUUGAAACACAUCUCCUCGACAUGGAUGGAGGCCUUCCUGGUCGUGAGCAAUUCAAGCACGUUGUCUUCGCCCCAGAGAAGUGGAACGCACAUAAGCCAUCAUGCUUUCCCAGUAUUCGAGAUGCCGUCGAUGACGGCAAUUGGGACGUAGCCCAGCAACAGAUUCAGAAGGUUGCGGAGAUUUUGUCAGUUGCCUCCAAGAAGCUGAACCACUGA